UAUCUAAAUAUAUAUUUUAUCCGGUAACGUGGUGACAUUACAAACGGCCUUGUGUUUUCUACUACACCUCCUCCCAAACGCCUUCCAUUUUCACUCAGAUCACCUAAUUUCUUCUCUAGGGUUCACCCAUUCGUCCGUACACACAAAAGGUGGCUGUACUCUAGGUCCGCCACAGAACAUGGAGCGACACAUCGAUUUCUUGGAAUGGCUUGAACUUGACAUGGCGAUAAAAAUACUUACGUGUCUGGAUGAUUCAGCUGACCUCAUUCGUGCAUCUGCUGUUUCUCGAUACUGGCAGAAUAUUGUGGUUGCUAAUGGACUUAGCAAGCAACUCUGUAUGCGAACAUUUCCGCAGCUCGCUUGCAUUACUCGUGUAGUCGAACCGAGUCAUGACAACUCAGCUGAGAGAGAGCACCGAGCCUAUGCUUCUCUUUUGCGGGCCCUCACAGCGUUUCCACUGACUUAUUGCAUUGCUAAUCCCGUGAGUGCCUCAAGCACCGAUCACUACCCACAAGAAAGCAUCAUGAAUACUCUAGACCCGCUAGACACAAUCCGCAAUCGGGGUUCUUAUUGGUCAAGUAAAGGAAGUAACGAUCCGGAAACACCGGAGACACUGAUAUAUAAUUUGACAGCUAGUCUUUGUAUUAUAACGGAAAUUAACUUGCAUCCUUUCCAAGCUUUGUUUCAGCCGGAAUUUCCGAUAUACUCAUCUAGAUUUGUGCGAUUUCGAAUGGGUCACCCAAAGUCUUCAAAAGAGUUAAGUUGUGAUUUCAUGGAGGCACAAGAAUGCGCAGAUGACAAGUUUAUUUGGACAUAUACGUCUCAGAUGUUCCCCGUGGUACAGGCAAAUCGUUUGCAAAGGUUCAAGUUGCCUGAGCCCAUAAUCUGUAUCGGUGGUUAUCUGCAAAUUGAGUUGUUGGGUCGGGUUCAGAAACAAGCUGCCGACGACAAGUAUUAUGUAUGUGUGGCUCAUGUACAAGCGAUAGGGCGCCAAUUAUCACCUGCAUUUAGUGUCGAGUUUUCUGAACGAUUAAACGAUGUAACUCUCAAGUAUGACGCUGGGGGAUUUGGACUUGCUGUUUCCAGUGGAGAUAAUGGUUCACUUAGCACCAGUUUGCUUCCGGCACAAGCUCCCAGACAACUAGCCUGGGGGAAUUUACAAGACUUUAUACACAUGAUACAAGCACAUGGCGACGGUGGGGCAUAUGAAUGGGUUGAUGAUGGUGAGGAGUUUGAUCCAGUCUUUAUAAUCUAGGUACAAUGUCGUUUCAUGUGUAGAAUAGCAUCGUGUAUAGUUUAUGGUUUCUUGUGCUACAAGUUUCUUCGGGCUUGAUUGUUUGACUUCUCGAGCUGAGAUGUUUUGUUAUGAGGCUUCUCACGUUUGUGUUCGUGAGGUUUAGUUUCAAGUUUUGGUCUCUAUGAGGUUCAAUCCAUUGCAGGAAGUGAAUCUUAGUUUCAAAUAUGAGACAUUACGUU